GUGUUGGUGACUGGAUGCAAUUAAUUACUGCAACUCGGCCUCUAUUGACUGAAGUGCUGCAGCAUACGCAGAAGUGAACGCGGAGGACGCGGCGCUGGUGGGACGAGGGCCUGAUCCCGCGGGGCGCGUUGGCGGGAAGGAGCAGCCCUGGCCCGCCCGGCCGGCCGCGGGAGGUUGAGCUCGACGGACGGAGGCGCGCCCGUGGGAUCCCGCUCGCAACGCGCCCGUGGGAUCCCGCUCGCAACGCGCCCCUCGCGCUUCAGCCUCCUCCGCCGUGCUGAGUCCCAGUCGUGGAGCUGUCUGCUGUACUGGGGACAAGUGGGACAGCUUGUUAAAAGCCGAUGUGGUUUUGUGGUGAGAAAUGAACUUACCUUGGCAGGAAACGCUUAGCCAGGCUGGCAAAGAGACUGCUUAGCCCUCCCAUGCAAGAUUUCUUCAGAAGUAAAGCAACACAAAAGGAGAGGUCCUGUUCUUUGAAAAUAACUGGAACCACUGGCAAGAAGCAGCAACACUGUGCAUCAAGCAAGGAAGCCAUUUCCAGGUUAUCAAAACAUGCUGUUGAACUGAAUUUUGCAGCUGCGUUUUCAAAUGUACCAUGGGAUGCAUCAAAUCCAAGGAUGCCUUUCCAGGUUCAAACGCUAUCCAGGAUGAAAGGAUCGGGGAAGGCAACGAAGGGUGCACUGGGGAGAAGUCAUCACUGCUAGCAGUGAAGGUGGAUGAGAGAAGUCCAUCAAGCACUAUAGUGCUAGACUAUGCCCACCGUCUCUCCCGUGAGAUUCUUGACCAGGCGGUGAAACAGUGGGCAGUGACUGAAAGCAAAUACAGCGACAUCCCUUUUAUUGAAAGUGAUGUGCCCUGAGCCCUGACUGGCGAGGACUGUCUGCACAGUGAGUGCCCUGUAUGUUGAGCAGUUUGUAUUUGGUACUAGUGCGAAUAAAGUAAAAUCAGUUGUGACCACUACAUGAAUGUGUUUGCAAGGAGAGGUUGAAAAAAAUUUGCCUUUUAAUCAAUAUUGCUAAGAAACUAAAUGGAUUACAGUAGAACCUA